AUGGAUUUCCUAUAUGACAGACCAGGCGGAGAGCCGUAUCUUACUAUUCCCGGCCGCCCAAACCUCAUUAUCACCCCUCGACGACCUGAGGAUGUACAUUUUGCCGUAAAAGUCCUCAACAACUUCGAGGUAGCGAGAUGGCUCUUCGGCCCUCCAUACCCUUACACUCUGGAAAUGGCAAUUGAAUACUCUGAAACCGCCAUUGCGCAGGAAUUGCUGGUUUUGAAGGAAAUCCAAGACCAUAGCAGCAUAAUGAAUGGCAAUGGGAACAAAAAUCCCUUCGUUAGUGGCUGUCCUGUGGGUUCAAUUCGCGAGAUACAGCCAGAUACCGGCGAGGAGGUAUUGAUAGGCUGUAUUGGCAUGAGGAGGUACGACUAUUUGGAAAUCGAGGAUGAUGCAGAGAGGGAGGCAAUCGUAAAGGCCAACGAGGCAAAGGAAGUGGGCGACGAUAGCAUCGCAUGGGCAAUGGGAAACUUCCUUGACCCAGCUUACCAUGGUCGCGGCAUCACGACUGAUGCAGCGAGGGCAAUGAUUCAAUGGGGUAAAAAACAUAUGAACAUGAAAGAUAUCCGAGCUAGUAUGUUUGAUGGUAACAUUGCCAGUCGUAGGGUAUAUGAGAAGAUCGGGUUCGCCUACCUGGCGACAAGGAAAGACGCGCUAACUAGGGUCGAGUCAAAGGGAGGCGGGAAGAUAACAAUUCAUGUUCUUCAAUUGGAAGAAUAUUGA